UAUGAGUAAACGGUGAAAACAGUUUGCGCUCAUUUAAUUUAUAAAUAAUUUUUUAAAGUACGAUCGAAAGGAAGCGUGAGCCGUGUGAAAACACGACCUGCAGUAGUAAAAUAUGGGUGUACCAGCAUUUUUUCGGUGGUUGAGUCGAAAGUAUCCUUCUGUAAUUAUUGAAUGUGUCGAACAGAAGCCAACAUCUACAUCUGGUGUAAGAGUGCCUGUGAAUUCAGCAGAACCAAAUCCAAAUGGGAUAGAAUUUGACAACUUGUACCUUGACAUGAAUGGUAUUAUACAUCCUUGUACUCAUCCAGAAGACAAACCAGCACCAAAAAAUGAAGAUGAAAUGAUGGAAGCCAUUUUUGAAUGCAUAGACCGUUUAUUUCGUAUUGUAAGACCAAGGAAAUUACUUUAUAUGGCAAUUGAUGGAGUUGCACCAAGAGCUAAAAUGAAUCAACAAAGAUCAAGAAGAUUUAGAGCUUCCAAAGAAACAAAUGAAAAAAUUAAUGAAAUAAAAAGAAUUCGUUCUGAAUUAACUAUUAAAGGUGCUUCCUUGCCACCUGAGAAACCAAAAGAAGACCAUUUUGAUAGCAACUGUAUCACACCAGGCACACCAUUUAUGGAAAGAUUGUCAAGGUGUUUACACUAUUAUAUACAUGAUCGUUUAAAUAAUGAUCCUGGUUGGAGAAAUAUAAAAGUAAUUUUGAGCGAUGCAAAUGUGCCAGGUGAAGGAGAACAUAAGAUAAUGGAUUUUAUACGCAGACAAAGGGCACAACCUGAUUAUGACCCUAACACACAACACGUUUUGUGUGGAGCUGAUGCUGAUUUAAUUAUGUUGGGACUAGCAACACAUGAACCUAAUUUCACUAUUAUUCGCGAAGAAUUUAAACCAAACAACCCGAAACCAUGUGAUAUAUGUGGUCAGUUAGGUCAUGACAUGCAAGAGUGUACAGGUGCAGAGGCUAAUCCAAGAGAAGAAGAAAAUACAUUUGGAUCUGAAACACAGUACAUAUUUGUGCGCUUAAACGUACUCAGAGAAUAUUUAGAAAGAGAGUUACAAAUGCCUAAUCUACCAUUUAAGUACGAUUUCGAGCGAGCUCUCGAUGAUUGGGUGUUCAUGUGUUUCUUCGUAGGAAACGAUUUUCUCCCUCACCUUCCAUCUUUGGAGAUUAGAGAAGGGGCAAUUGAUAGACUCGUCAAUUUAUACAAAAAGACAGUAUAUAAAACAGGAGGAUUCUUAACAGACAGUGGAGAUGUUAAUUUAGAUAGAGUACAACUGAUAGUGUCUGACCUAGGCGAUGUCGAAGACGAAAUUUUUAAGAAAAGACAACAGAAUGAAUUGGCUUAUAAGCAACGCGAAAAAGAUAAACGGAGUAGGUUACAGGGUAUCAGUAACAUCAAACCAAAAUGGAUUCCUUCUGGACAGUUUGCACCUACGGCUAUUGGUGAACAAAUUAAGCCAGUAGAAAAUGCACGUUAUGAAGCUUAUCAGAUGCGUGUCCACGGACAAAGUUAUAAUUCAAAUGAACGCGGAAAGGGAGACUCUAAAGAAAUGUUAAAAAGUAUGAUGCGUCCUGAGAAUUCGUCUGAUACUCAUAGGAAACGUAAAAGUGAUCUGGUCGAAGACGAUUUCGACGAAGAAGAAACGAACGAUGAAGUUAGAUUAUGGGAGGACGGUUUUAAAGAUCGAUAUUACGAAUCGAAAUUUGAUGUAUCUUCUGAUAAUUUGGCGUUUCGAAAUAAUGUAGCGCUGCAGUACGUACGUGGUUUAUGUUGGGUUCUACGAUACUAUUAUCAAGGUUGUGCAUCAUGGAAAUGGUAUUUUCCAUAUCAUUAUGCUCCAUUUGCUAGUGAUUUCAUUAACAUCGGUGGUCUUUCUACCGAAUUCGAGAAGGGAACUGUACCGUUCCGUCCAUUAGAACAAUUGAUGGGCGUGUUUCCAGCAGCUAGCAGUAAACAUGUUCCUGCGCCAUGGGCAAAAUUAAUGAGCGACCCGAGAUCACCGAUUAUCGACUUUUAUCCGGUAGAUUUCAAAAUUGAUUUAAACGGUAAAAAAUUUGCUUGGCAAGGAGUAGUACUACUGCCAUUUGUGGACGAGAAAAGAUUGUUCAAGGCUUUGGUGCCAUAUUACGAACUUUUAACGGAAGCAGAAAAGAAACGAAAUAUUCGAGGUGACGAUAGGUUAUACGUUGGACUCGGUAACAACGGUUACAAUUUCAUAAAAGGGUUGUACACAAAUCGUGUUAGAUUCGACGCAGAAACUCCAAUAUCCGUAGACGGUAUGCGAGGCACGGUUUUAUUGGCUGAAGAUUCUGUCGGGGACGGGUCUACUCUACCUUCGCCCAUAAAUGGACUAUUACCAGUCAGAAACAAUAAAGUGUAUUGCAUCAGAUUCAGAGAUCCGAAAUAUAGCAGUAAUUUCAUUUUCCUCGCAAAGAUCUUGAAGGGUGCCAGAGAACCACCAAGAGUGUUGAAACCACAGGACUUUGACCGAAUGAAUCGUAACACUGGUAACACUUGGAAACCACAGAUUGGUUUCACUCCAUCCACACAAGUUGCUUCUUUGAGCGAAGCAGGUCGAAGAAUACUUGGACAUUACACGAAUCACAACAGAGUGCCACCACCAUCAUACAGCCCUAUGUCAAUACCACAGACACUAUAUCCUGCGCAUCAUGGUUAUCAGAGCACUGAUUACCAGGGGGGAUACGAGAGCGCAGGGGGAUCUAACCAAGUCGCGAUGAUGCCUGGUCCAUGGGCGAGAGGUUAUGGUCUACCUCACACUUAUAAUCAACAGCGUUAUCCAGAGUAUCAGCAGAGAAGUAAUUACAGUGUUCAGCCGUACGGGCGAAACGUUUAUCAGAGUCAGCAAUACAACAAUUACGGAUCGCAGUACAAUCAGCAACGGAAUUAUUCCCCUAAUUACCAAGGGAACGGAAGCGGAAGCGGAAGUGGAGGGAACAGGUCAGGGUGGAGACGGUAG